AUGCAGCUGAGCAGGCAGGGGCAGAGUGAGCUGCAGCCACCCAAGCUUGGUGUCUCUGUAGCUAUCCUGCAGCUCAAAGAUGGGUCAGAGCUACAGGGCUUGGCAGUGAAAUUCUGCCCGAAGAAAGACUGUGAUGACACAAACACCAGUGUCUUAGAGCCUGCAUGUACAUUUGCUAUGACAUACAUCAGUGUUGAUGAGAGACAGGAAAACUGCCGGGUGAUCUUGAGCUGCCAAAAUAAUCAGCUCUAUGCACAACAUGGCUUAAAGGAUUUUUCAGUUAGCAGCAUGCAUCCACUAAAGAACUUAGACACUGAGAUUUUUUCUGGGGACAACCACACUCUAGACUCCUGCCAUGCAGGCAAGGCGCCUUUGGCCAGUUCUGUGGAAAAACGGAUGUAUCGAAGCGUGGAGAACCUUCACUGGGCAACAGUAGCUGACUCUGGGUUGUAUUCCCAAUGCCAGAGCCUGGAUAAUGAGAUCAUUUUCCACUAUAAAGGCACCAGGCAUUCGUCAGAAGGUUGUGUGGAUGCAGCUCCGGUGCAAAGUGCAUCAGACUCUUUGAGGAAGCUUUCUCUCUGUGCUGAACAGACAUCACAGUCGGCACAGAAUGUGCUUCUGUCUCCCUUUGCCAAAGUGCCUCAGUGGCUCUUCCCAUCUGCAGAGGAAAGAGCUCUCCACAGGGAUGCCAAAAAAGAACUAAAGGAGAAGCUGAGACUGCACAGCACCAAGGUGGCAGAGCCCAGCAAGCCAGUGUGCCCGCAGGCAGCCCUGACUGACCUGAUGGCCCAGGACCUCACAGGGAGGCAGAGUCUAUGUUUUGCACACAGAAUCACCAGUCUCGAAGACAUCAAGCAGGGGGCUCGGAGAAGGCUUCAGCUCCAAAGGCAGAACAGCUCCCCAGAUUUACCCCUUCAAGAUGCUGGGAAAAGUUAUGAGAUGGUCAAAUCCAGAACAGCAGAAUGCUUGAAACAGUGCAAUGGGGAAACGAACAUCAAAGUGACAUUGGGGCAGAGUCAGAAAGGCCGCUGCAAAGGGAGACUUUACAUCCCCACCUUCGAGGAAUUCAAACAGAUGAGAAGUAAGGAGGCAAAUUCAUCUGCCAGCAGCAGUGAGCCAACAAAAUACUCAAACAAGGCACUUCUUGCAAACAAGGCCCUCAAGGAGGAGAACAACACAAAUGUCUGUCCAGAAGCUCUGGAGACCAAAGCUGUGAAUGAAGCCACAGUCACAGUGGAGGAGGAGGAUGACGUGUUCCAUGAAAAUCACAUCUCUAGUGGCUUUUCCCAUUAUUCAGCUGCGUCGAAUGGUUUGGGGAUGGGCAGCCCUGAGGUGAAGGACAUGACCUACCAAAUUUCCAGCCUGGAUAGGUCCCCAGUCCCCAUUUGCUCUAGCCCAAUUCCACGAUCACCUUUGCAGGCAGUAGCGAUCUGCAGGGCUGGGCAAGAGACCUUCAGUGGUAAGCAGCAGAAAGGAGAGACAAGACAACUGAAUGAUGUCCUCCACCUUACAGGGCAGACGCUAGCUUCUGAAGGCCAGUCAUCUUGCUGUUCAUCGCUGCUGUUAGAAGCCACAGAUUUAUCCAGCUAUGGAGCUAAACUACAAAAAAUGAAGGAUGAACUCAUAGGUUCAGCCUUGGAACUUAUUAAGAAAAGCUGCAAUGCUGAGACUGCUGCCAAAUCUGCUGCCCAAGGACAGUGUGAUCUGAGGAAAGACAAUCUCCCACCUCUGGAGGACAGCCAGCAACACACAGCGAUGUCCAUGGCAACAGAGACCUGGGAGAACAAGCCAAGCAAUGAGGCAUCCAGUGAUGCUCAAGCUGCAGGGAACACCUCCAGCCCUGGCUGCCGCCGAUCCAGCUCUGACAUUGUUCACGAGAGCACGGACAGUGCCAAGGCCCAGCGAGAGUGCCGGCUGCGGCCACACUUCAGUGACCCCAUGCCGACAGACUCCGUGAAGAGGAAGCAGCUGGAGCUGAAGAUUGCAGCUGCAGCACGGCAGCACGCACAGAAGCGCCGCCAGGAGCGGGACUGCGGUCCAGUGGUAGCAAAAGCCAACCUUGGCCAUGGUGGCAGCUUCGAUGAGACACACCGUGCGCCACGUGGCUCCCUCCGCUCCAGGCACCACUGGAGCAACGUCAGCAGCCUGAGCACAGACAGUGGGAUUGUUGGUGUGAACGAAGACCGGGACAACUCAGAUCCCAGUGAGGCCACUAGGACAAGGUCGGUGGAGGUGGCGAGGGCAGACAGUGGUAUUGGCCAGACAUCAGCCAGGAAGUGGAGGAAUAGGGCAGCAGAAACACUGAGCUCCCUGCAAGCCUGGGAAGCCCACCGACCCUGCACUGACUGUGGAGAGAGGGACCUCCCAGUGGAGACAGAUGCACAGAACUGCAACCAGAGACGGGCUGACCUCUGCGAGAAGUGCUGCAAGCGCAGGACAGAGCGCAAGGAGUCUGUGCUGGAGUUUGUCAAUACAGAGGCCAGCUAUGGAGAGGACCUGCGCAUCAUCAAAGAGGAGUUCUACCUUCCCAUGCAGGCGGCUGGGCUACUGAGCCAGGAGCAGCUCCUCGGUGUCUUCAGCAACAUCCAGGAGCUCAUCGACCUCAAUGAGAGCUUCCUGGAGAUACUCCAGGAGGAGAUCGAUCGGGCAUUUGACCAGAGCGAUGAAGAUCUGAUGACCGUGUGUAUUGGCGAAAUUUUUCUGGAGUUUGUCAAUAUGCUGCCAGCCUUUCAGACCUACUGUCUUCAGCAGUCCUCCUCUGUGAAUAUGCUGAACACAUUGGAAAAGGAGAAAGAGUUGCUCAGAAUAUUCCUCAAUGUUUCCCAGAAUGACAACACAGCACUGCGGCGGAUGAACCUGAGGUCCUUCCUGAUGGCCCCUUUGCAAAGAGUCACCAAGUACCCACUGCUGCUCAGCAGAAUCAUCAAGGCCACCACUGAGUAUCACCCAGAUCACGGCAGCCUGCGGGAGGCCAAGAGCCGCAUCGAAUCCCACCUGGAGCACAUCAACAUGAAAACCAAGCAGGAAGGGAACACAUGGACCCUGCGCUCUUUUCGCCAGGACAGCAAAAAGAAAAGAGAAGUCAUCAAUAUCGAGAUGAGAGAAACUGCCCUCAAAACUGUAGGUUGGCUGCGGGAGGAGACACGAUUUGUGAUGGAAGGGCCUCUACAGCUGGCCCAGCCCCCUGAUGGCCAGUGGGUGAAGAAAGGCAGCAAGACCCUGAAGUUCCAAAACAUGCAGGUCCUCCUCCUGGUGAACAUGAAGCGCGUAUCCGAGUCCAGCCUGGAAUCAGCUGAGCCAGGGCCUGUGAAAGAUGCCGUGCUGGUGCUCAUCAGGGACAAAAAUAAUGGGAAGUUCCAUCUGCUCAGGGAGCCCUUGAGGCUGAGUAAUUGCGUUGUCUCCACGGAUCCCGACUGUGACGACACUUUUGAACUCAUUGAAAUCAGGCGGGAGGCAUUUGUGUUCCGGGACAGCGACCGGGCACGGACUCACCACUGGUUCAGGCAGAUCAGGCGGUACUCGAGGGAGCUGGGCUCCUGGAAGAAGCGGCGGAACGCGCUGCCCAACAUCAUGAUCAGCACUCCUCACACUCGGCCCUAAGUCCAGCACGGGUGACACACAGGAGAGACCCAGCUUGAGCAGAGCCAUGUGCAAGGUCCUUUGAGAGACUCAGUGGCUUGAACUUGCUCUGGGUUUUCCUCCAUGGAGGACACGAGAAGAAGCCUGGCCCAUGUCAACUGGCCCAUGUCAAUUCUUUGCAGCACUGAAACCAAGUGUUACGGCCUAACUCUGCUCUCCAGCCUUAGGACUCAGUCUGCUUC